AUCUGUGGGAUCUCAUCAGAUGAGAGGGGGUGAGUGAGCGGAGGGGGCUCCGUGGGCCUGUCCGGACGCACGGCGCGCCACACACGCGCGCACUUAUAAUGAAAGGCGCUCACGAGUCAUCUGCAUUGGGAAGCGUGAACACAACUGCAGUCUUUAUCUCUAUGCACAGAAAAAGCCAACACUGGUCUCAUGUGCAUAAGUGACGAAGCUCGGUUUCAUCCUUCCAUUACGCACCGGCAGUACCCCGUUGGUGCCGCGGACUGGAGGACCUUUGCUGAGUUGUACACGAGGACCACGCGGACCCCUCUGAUAGAAUCGACGACUUUGUCUGCCAAUUUAUUUCACUGAAUGGCGUCAAAUUUGCACCAUUGCUGCUGGGGCAACACUUCACACGUCGGAGCGUGCUUUUGCAUUCGGACCAGGAAGUUCCAGACUCCCUCCGGUUAAGUCUUCAGUCAAUUUUUUUUCUUUUGUUGUUGCAACACUUCACCCAUGGUCGCCGUGCCCUGAGGGGAGAUGGAUUUAGAGGAAGGGGAGCUGAACGAAUCCACUUGUUUGUCCCGGAAUGAGAGCGGCACGGGAUUGAGCGCCUCGGCCGGACUGUCCACUGCGCUGGCCAGCGUGCUGAUCUUUACCAUCGUGGUCGACAUUCUGGGCAACGUGCUCGUCAUCUUGUCCGUGUACAGGAAUAAAAAACUUAGGAAUGCAGGCAACAUCUUUGUGGUGAGUCUUUCGGUCGCUGACCUGGUGGUGGCGCUGUACCCCUACCCUCUGGUCCUGAUGGCCAUCUUCCACGACGACUGGACCAUGGGGGACCUGCACUGCCAGGCGAGCGGCUUCAUCAUGGGCAUCAGCGUCAUCGGCUCCAUCUUCAACAUCACGGCUAUUGCCAUCAACCGCUACUGCUACAUCUGCCACAGCCUGCAAUAUGACCGCGUGUUCAGCCUAAGGAAAACUUGCUGCUACCUGGGCCUGACCUGGGCUUUCACCGCCGUCGCCACGGUGCCCAAUUUCUUUGUGGGCUCGCUGCAGUACGAUCCUCGCAUCUACUCCUGCACUUUCGCUCAGACUGUUAGCUCGCACUACACCGUCUCAGUGGUGGUCAUCCACUUCCUGAUCCCGCUACUGGUGGUAUCUUACUGUUACUUAAGAAUCUGGGUGCGGGUGAUUCAAGUGAAGCAUCGGGUGAAACCAGAGCAAAGGGCCAAACCAAAACCAAGUGACGUGAGGAACUUCCUGACUAUGUUCAUGGUCUUUGUGCUGUUUGCAGUUUGCUGGGCGCCAUUGAACCUCAUAGGCCUGGCGGUGGCAAUAAACCCGGCCAAAGUCGCGCCCAUUGUCCCCCAGUGGCUCUUUGUCACCAGCUACUUCAUGGCAUACUUCAACAGCUGCCUCAACGCCAUCAUAUACGGACUACUUAACCAAAACUUUAGAAAAGAAUACAAGACAAUUCUCCUUGCGCUUUGCAUCCCACGCUUGCUCCUGGUGGAAACCUCCAGAUGUGCCACAGAGGGCCUCAAGAGUAAACCCUCAGCUGCUGUAACAAACAAUAAUGUAGCAGAGAUAAAUGUCUAGCAGGAAUGUUCUCCUGAGGAAAAUCGGGAAUCCCGUGUUCAACCAGUGCCUUUAGACACGGCAUGUACCAUUUCCAAAUCGUGACGCCACCUGUUUUCUGCGGCACGUAGUCCUGUUCACGGCCACGACGGACAAGCAAAAGGCGGACUCCUCCCUGGACUGUUGGUCAGUUAUUUGUGAUCAAAGCACUGUCAAUCCCCUGCAUUACCAAUGGUGCAUAUAUAUAUUACAAUUUACAGCUCCUUUUGCCAGUCUUCACCCCAUCAAAGAAAAGCAUCAGCUGUGCUGGCAGAUCAUCCAAAAACUAGAAAACAAUAAGUCACUUUCUUUUUUUUUUCACCCCCAUACAUUCCCACACCACAAUUCAAUUUCACAAAUGUGCUACUGACUCGCUGCAUCUCUUGGCGAGAUCCAUUAUGAGCAUAUCACUAAAUGGAAGAAAAAAAAUAAAAGUGUGCUUUGAUCUUCAGAUGCAGCAUUACUGAGAAAUAAAGGUCGCUUCUCAUAAAUGCAAUCCUUCAUCUAUUCAAUGUGGGAUUUAGUCAACACUUGGCUCAGAUCCCAAAUGUUACACACACACACACUUAGAAUGACGUGCCCUAGAAUAUUAAAAGGAAAGUCAACCCCACAAUUCUUUCCGCAAUAUGAUGUAUGUGACCCCACUAGCCCAAACACGACAUUCCGAUUUUUAUGAGUUAAGCAGCAAAAUUCGUCCGUUUUUGUCCAUUUCGUCUCUAGCCGCCGAUUGAAAAUGACAUCGCAAUUGCCACGUCUCAAGCCACAACCAAUCACAGCUAAGCUUCAGAAAACUGGUGAGCCGUGAUUGGUUGUGACCUGGCAACUGUGAUGUCAUUUUCAAUCAACAAUGAGUGGCAAAAUUAGAUUCAAGUCAAGUCAAGUUUAUUUGUACAGCCCUAAAUCACAAGCAGUCUCAAAGGGCUUCACAUAGACAAACAAUUGACAAUUAUUCUCAAAGCAUCCCCUGAUCUUAAGAUCCCAAUGAUGGAUAAAAUUGGCGGAUUUUGGCAUAUACUAUAAUUUUCUGACUAUAAAUCGCACCGGAGUAUAAGUCGCACCAGCCAUAAAAUGCCCCAAAAAGUGAAAAAAAACAUAUAUAUGUAUAUAAGUCGCUCCUGAGUAUGAAUCGCCCCCCCCACCCAAACUAUGAAAAAAAAAAUGCGAUUUAUAGUCCGAAAAUUACGGUAGAUCAGAAAUGUAUGGGUUGAGUUCCCUUUUAAAAGUUAGAUGUGGAUUUACUGAAUGUAAUACUGCUGUAAUAUUUCAUCCUCAUUGCAUAUAGAUGUCAAAUACAUGCAUUUAUUACACUGAGAAUGUGGACUUCAUAAAUAAUAACUUUCAUACUCUUGGACUGCUGUGGCUCUAAUCCAUUAUAAAAUGUAAUCCCCUUCAUGUUCUAAUUCAAAUGUUGCGUGGCAUUUAUCUUACCUUUAAACAAAGCACACAUUUGUGCUUAUUUAAAGUCAGGUACAUGAUAUGCAUCAGGCAGCCUGUGGUGUGAGUUUGUGAUAAUGCUUAACUUCCCAACCAUCUCAUCUGCGGUUCACCUCACUGAAAAGUCCAAAGAUGUCUUGAAAGAUUGCAUCAAUGACUCAUUUCCAUUUUGCAAUUACAUAUUCUCAGUACGUUUUGCCAUCAGCUCCAUUUCUUUUUACCACUAAGCUUGAAUGGAUGGGGACAUUUAUAAAUGCCAGCGUGAGUCAAACUGUGUUUUGGGUGCAAAUGCUGCCCAAACCCUUGCUUACAAACUGUAGAGUCAGCGUCUCUGAUGUGGAAAAGAAACGUCUAACAUGCCAGUGCAAGGUCAGCCACAGAUGAGCGCCUAAAGGAGCUCCGGGGGGGAAUGACGGCCUCGGCCGUACCACACCAAUGAGUCACAGAUUAAUGGCAAGGGUCUUCAUCCCAUCACCCUUUAUUCCUCUCAUCUGUCUACCUAGACAAAUUCCUCCCAGUCUUCAAUUGCCACGGAGGGUGUCCUAAAAGUGGAAUUUAAUUUACAGUGAUUCAUUCACCUGGCUUCAAUGCACAUGGGUUCAGAUCCCUCUCGUGUGAAUGAUGGGUCGCUGGAUUGAUGUAUCUGAGAUUAACAAGCAACCAGUUAAGAGUGUGGUCGACCUUUUGUGCAAUGUCAGUAGCAAUUGGCUCCAAGUCCAUGGACACCUGGACAGCAUAUGCACUAUUGAGAAAAACGUCACCGUUCAAUGUAAAAUGAUUUGAAAAUGAAAUGGAGUGCUACAAUUUUGGUCAUUGAGUAUUCAUUAAAUAUUCAUCACAAAUCA